CCAGUCAUAUUUGUUAAAGGAUGUGCGAAGGCAAGGGUUUCUAUUUAUGGCUGAUGCAAGUUAUCGGCCUCUUGGGCCUUAUAGUUCUUUGCCUAUGGCUAUCCUUACGACCGAAAAGCCCCUCUUACUCCAUAUUGUUCAUCUCUUUAGAAUCGCCCUCGAGUCAAAACGGCACCAUCUUUUACAGCCUUGAAAUUGAGAACUCAAACAAGGACUCGAGCAUUUACUAUGACGACAUACUAUUGAGUUUCUUAUAUGGGCAGCAGGAGGAUACGGUGGCGCAGACAACCAUAGGCUCUUUUCAUCAAGGAACAGGCAAGACCCGCGUUGUAACUGAAGUUAUUAAUGCCAAACCUGGAGCAUUCAAACCUCUCUUAAAUGCCAUCUCAAAUGCAACCGCUGAGUUAAAGGUUGCUUUGAUCACAAGACUUCGUUACAAGACAUGGGGAAUUAAGAGCAAGUUUCACAGGUUAAACCUCAAAGGUAUUCUACCAAUUGAUUCCGAUGGGAAGCUUUCACGUAAGAAGAAGAAGUACCCCCUUAGCAGCCGCAAUAACAAAAAACUGGGAAGAGUCAAAGCAAAGCACUGAUCUCAUCUUUAUCCUUUCCUUAUAAAUCACGUAGAAAACAUAACUAUUUGCGCGCAUUUGCUCCGAUAUCAAGGAGAGAUUCAUGUUUUCCACCAGUACACGGGAGAGAUCCUUGUUUCCACCACAGGUGUAGGCAUAAACAAGAGCAAGAUAAUUUAGUAGUAUCUGAUGGGUUUUACAAAUGUGAAUCUAUAAUACAGCGAGACACAAGAUCAUUUGGUUUUGGA